AUGUCCACAAACGAAGAUGACUUCGAGUCCUCUUCGAACGACACCGAACAUCGCAGCAGGUCGCCCUCUUCGGUCGCCUCCACCACCCGAUCCCCACCUUACUUCAUUCCACGACGACCCAGGGUGGUCAAGAUGCGCGACCUCAGCCCAGACACCAGGGACCGGCUCACCAGGGAGUACUUCGACGCAUACGACCCUUGGACUGGUAUUCGAAUCGCUGCCACACUCGGAAUCCUCAUCAGUCUGUUCACGCUCUUCCUCAUCUACAAGAGCAGGUUCACCAAGAGCAAGAAUGCCAUCCUACCAUCGAAGAAGACAUCGCUGUACCUCUACGACGAAGAUCUUGCAAUAGAUCCGGACUUGGGAAGCAGCCUGGGAUCCUCGGACGACCCCUCUUCCUACGCUGGAUUCCAGUUCUACAAAGCAGACGAUCGCUUCCCUUUCCAACAAGGGAACUUCAACUUCAGAGAGGGGUUUCAGCUCGAAGAAGUUCUAGUGAAAUCUUCCAUGGUCGAGUGCGUAGCUCUAAAGGUGCAUCAACCACCUCCGGGUGUGAAGAAACCUUCCAAAGGGGGUGUGGAACCAAAGUUUGGAACGUUGUGCAUCACGGAAGAUGCUUCCAGAAGCCUCCCUUGUUCGCCUUACAAACUACCGCCACAGAACACGGACGUAAAAACGCCGCAUUCACCGGUUUAUUCCACGGGGCCUGCUUCCCUAACUGGAAGCAUUACUUCUUUUGGUUCUACAGACACUGGAGACAGUGCAAUGAACACUUCGGGAAAGGUUUAUUGUAAGUCAGGCAUUGAAUUAGAAACAAAAAACGUACAAAAGACGUCUCGGAAAAUGUCUCUUGGUGACACAGAGUCAAAGACCUGUCCCAAAUCAUUGGUGGUAACUGCUAAAAAACCUCAAGACUACAGAAGUCGCAGCACAGUUGUUGCCAUAGCUAGACGCAAAAGGCCGUCUUGA